AAAUAUGUAUAUAUAUUGGCACAUGAAGGCUGUAAACUCCAGCAAACCAAGUAGCCGGUCUAAACAGUACAAUGGCUCUUAGUUGGAAUCUGCUCCUGCUCAUUGGGCUUGUAUUUGCCAUUUCUAUUUCUCAAGCCUCCGGGGACUAUGAUUGCUGUACUUCCUACAGACACAAAAAGAUCCCCCAGAAAAUUAUCAAGGGAUUUUACAUCCAAAAAUCAAGUGAGGUCUGCGACCUUGAUGCAAUUGUGUUUGAAGUUGUGUACAAGUCACCUGAAAAUCGCAAAGUGUCUAUCAAGUCCAGGCUGUGUGCAGACCCCAAGGAAACGUGGGUUCAAAGCCACAUUGAAGAACUAAAAAACAAAGCUUUAAAGAUGAAUAUCCAGAAGAAGGCACAAAGGUGGAAAUGGAUAAAGAAACAAAAUAAAAUCUGGAAUUGAGACAUCCUGCAAUUUAACUACAGCAAGUGACACAAGACAGCAAGAGUCACAGUAUCUGGUUUCUUAUGAAACUAACAAAUACAACACUUUUGAUUCACAUUGCAUCAUUCCUAAAACAUACAUUAACCCUUGAGGGAUAUGACAG